CGGAACCGCUCGGGCAUUUUCGCCUCUUUGUUUUACUGAUAGUGGAUUUAACUCGGAUUCAACCCAACAUCCAACGGAGCGCUCUCUUCGUAAACAGGUGUGUGAGCAGUCGUCCAUGAUGCACAGCUAAUGCUGGCCUGGCUGCCUCUCUGACUGCAGUAGAUUCAUGGCAGCAUUAGGGAACCCCGAGAUGCUCACACGGAAGAUCAAACUGUGGGACAUUAAUGCCCACAUUACAUGUCGCCUGUGUGAGGGGUACCUGAUCGAUGCCACCACUGUCACUGAGUGCUUACACACCUUCUGCAGGAGCUGUUUAGUGAAAUAUCUGGAGGAGAACAACACAUGCCCCACGUGUAGGAUUGUCAUUCACCAGAGCCACCCACUGCAGUAUAUCGGCCAUGACCGAACAAUGCAAGACAUUGUCUAUAAGCUGGUGCCGGGACUCCAAGAAGCGGAAUUGAAAAAGCAGAGAGAUUUCUAUCAGAAGCUGGGCAUGGAGGUACCCGGAGACAUCAAAGGAGAGCUGUGCAACAUGAAGGCCCACCUGGACUCGCAGCGCAAUGGCGAUGUAAAAUCCGAGGAUACAGCGAAGGAAGGAGAAGAGAAACCAGAAGAGGAUAAUGAUUAUCAUCGUAGUGAUGAACAGGUGAGCAUCUGUCUGGAGUGCAACAGCAGUAAGCUUCGUGGACUCAAGCGGAAGUGGAUCCGCUGCUCAGCCCAGGCUACCGUUCUUCAUCUUAAAAAAUUCAUCGCCAAGAAGCUCAACUUGACAUCCUUCAACGAGCUGGACAUUUUAUGCAACGAAGAAAUCCUAGGCAAGGAUCAUACGCUCAAGUUUGUGGUGGUGACGAGAUGGAGAUUCAAGAAAUCACCCCUCCUCCUGCAUUACAGACCCAAGAUGGAUUUGCUGUAGUUGGACAGGAUGGUUGUUUUGGCCCAGGACUGCACAGCGCACUAUUUAUGCAGAGACUAUCAACGCCAUACACACCAAACACACACCAGUCCCACGGGUCGGUCCCGACACGAGCCAGCAAACAACCAAUACCAACUCACUUAACGCUACUCUGGUGAUUCAGUCAAGCCAAACAGCUGCAGGCGUUCCUUCUACUCAUCAUCCGCUAUGUCCUCGAUAUGUGAAAAAAAACAAAAAAAACAAAACAAAAAAACAAGAGUAAACAUAUAUUUAUACUUUUGUACAGAAGAGAGAGACACACACCCAAGACGCUACCGGUGCUCUGUUUACACACCAACAACAAACAUGGGGUGAAGUUUUUAUAUCGGCGACUUAGGCUCGCACCUCAGACGGGUGAAGAGCCACCGCUCAGUGUGUGCACUCCCGAGUGGGGGGCCUGGCCACACUGCUCGCUGCGGAGACGCUUCUUCACUGCCCACUCACUCGUUCAGGUCUCGCCAGUCUUGGGAGCACAGAAGAAUACAAGUAUAUGACAAAAGAUGUUCCUAAUACAUUUGAGUUGUGAAUUGUCUCUGAGCAUUUUUUUCCCUUUUUUUUUUUCUUAUUCUUAUUCUUUAUUGCGCCACCAAACGUGGAAUUGUGAAUAGAUAAAAAAAUUUUGUGUAGUAAUUUAUGUUCAAUUUACAAGUAUUGUACAUAGAAAAUUGUUACAAUGCAAGAGAGAUACAAAGCUGAUAGAUGAAAUGUAAGAAUGAGUGAGUGUGUGUGAGUGCAAGACAGAGAUUGACUGAUGUACUGUUCUGAAAUGUGGAUUUUAAAGGGAUGAGAAGAGGAAACCAGAUUUACACCAGUUUUCCACCUAAAUACAGAUGAGAUACGGUGCAUAAGUAUUCACCCCCACUGAACAUUACCCUGGUUUGUAGUGUAACAACUAUGAACUAAAAUUUUACGUUAGGCUUGCAUGUGGUUAUUAUGCACAAAAUAACCCAUGAGAUUUAAGAGGAGGAAAUAAUGUAUAACCUGUGUAAACCAAUGCAAAAAUGUCUGUAUUUACAAAUGAAGAACAUACAAUUUAUUGCAUACGUACAGUACUGUGCAAAAGUCUUAAGCCAGCUUUGUUUUUUUUAGUUUAGUUUUUUUGGUAUUGUGCUUCCAAACAGUUAGACUUUCUUUCUCAAUGACCUAUAAAAUAUUUAAGCGUAAAAAUAAAGAGGUGCAGACAAUUACAGAUGAUCAGGCCGGUGAUUAGUAUAUUGGUAUUGUUGAGUGGUUGAAACAGACGAGAGGGAAAAUGAGGUUGUUGCUGUUACAGUAAAGUUAUUACAUAAGUAACUAAUUUUGAAUCUACAUAAUUUAAUUACGUUAAUAUUAGGAAAUAAGGGGUAGCUCAAGACUUUUGCACCACUCCAAGUGAAACGCUUAGAUAAGGCAUCGUUGUGUGCAAUCUAAAUAUAACUGGAGAAUGGUACACACACAGUGACUUAGCAUAAUCAAUUUUAAGCUAUCAAAACUAUGUUCUGGAAAAUGCACUUGGUUUAAAAAACAAUAUUGAUUUUUUUUUCCUUACAGUUAAUAUUAUUACCAUUUUGUGAAGAUUCCUGACAUACAAUCCCAGUCUAAUCUUUUUUAUGUCUGGGUUGUAACGCUACAAAAAUCAGAAAUGGUCAAAAGGGGGUGAUUACUUCUGCAUGGCUAUGCAUGCUCAGAUUAGAUUUUUUUUUUUCCUUCGAUGACCAACACAUCCUUGUUUUUGGACUAUAUUUGAGGUGCAAAAUUGGUGUUAAUUGUUUCCCCUUCAAGAUUCUUUAAAGCAGAUGUCAGAGGUGUGAAUAUAUAGGGGCAUAAUGAAUAUUUGCAUAGUGAGAUUCUUAUCAGAGUAUGUCCUUUAUCAGAUGGACGUCACCUUAUCUCACUAAACACACACAUUUGUUUUCCUCUUGUGUAAUUCAAGGGGGUGUUUAGUGUCUGUGUGUGAUAACAGCAGUGAUAUAAAUUGGAAAGCGGUUUUGAAAUGACAAAGUGCUUUUAAACCAUUCUCCCAAGUUGUUCAUUAGCCAUCGCAGAGUUAUUAAUGUCGUCUAAUGAUGGAUCAUUAACUUAAGGCAUAUUAGUCAUGCAAAAUAUCACACACUCUUCAAACCAACAGACUGCCUGCAUUAAAAAGAAAGAAGCAGUAGCUUGUAUUUGGACGCAAGCGUUUUACUUUUUUAAAGUGUUAAAUACACUAUGCGAUACAUUUCUACGGGGGGGUUUGUGUCUGGACAUGGACGUGGACAUGAUGCAGCACAAUCUGUAAUCCGUCCCUGAGGUUCCCCAACACCACACCCAGUCUUAGGACCAUAUAUGCAAUACAUAGGCUUUAUUAUAUGUCUAGCAGAAGCGGUAAGCAUUUAGGUUGCCACAGAAGCUUUAGUAGCCCACUCCUCUACAGAAAGAAUGUAAUCCAUAUGAUUAUCCAUCUGUAUAGUUCACCUCUUGUGUUCUGCCACUUUUAGUGCCAAAGGCUCAAAAUCACCCACCGUCCAGGCUUCAUGUUUAUUCUGUAUGGCAAGCUGUGUGGAAGGCAAAAUAGAGAGAUCAUAAAGAUGGGAAAGGAAAAAAAAUGUUUUUAAUUAUCAACAUUUGUGUUUCCUCAAAUUAACAAUUCUUAUUUUUUAAAGCUCAAGCCCUCUUUUAAGACGCAUCAAUUCAUAGUGUUUCAGACUUUGCUACAGAAGUUCGUCUAAGCUAGGUCUAAAAGGGCUCUCUAUCAGUGCUAUCAGUACCGUUUCCUCUCUUUCAGCUACUCAGUGAAGAAACAAUAACAAUCAAGUUUUGAUAUUGAGAUUUCAUAUCUCAUUUGUAUUAAAAUGUCUCCUUUUUGGAAUAAUAAUAAUAAUAAUAAUAAUAUUAAAAAAAAGAAACAACAACAACAACGCAGUAGACAGGGAAUGAAGCGGUAAAUAUGAGGUCUUUGCGCUGCUCAUUUUUUGCGUCUACUUUCACACGGGUAAAAUGCCAAAACCAGCUUGACCAAAUCUCAUUUUAUUUGGUUCUCUGCAUAUUUACUUUAUGCGUUAAAGACUACAAUUAGAUCUCUUGCCUGUAAUGUGUUUUCUUCUUUUACUCUGGAUGUGCUUACUUUCAUUGAUGUCUUAAAAUGUGAAAUAUUUCAGUAUAUAAUGAAGAAAUGCUAUGCUUUACUCUUUCUAAAGCACAGGUUCCGCUUGUUUGUCUUGUCUUUUUUUCCCCCUUUCCCUCUCGAUCGGUUCAUGAGCAAUCCACAUUUUCCUGCAGCUGUUUAAUUUCUGUGUUAAUUAAUUGUAUUAAUUACUGGAUGAAAGUAUGAAACCAGGCCAGCAAUUCACGGUGAAUAGUCCAAAAAUGGAACAAGCACAUGCAUUAUUAUUUCAUGUACUCGUUUCAUGUACAAGACGAGUACUAUUCAGGAUUAAUGGAAAGUGCUCUGGAUGUGUUUCCUCUUAUGUCUCAGUUUCUUCAUGGAGAAGGCUGGUGGUGCUGUCUUUCUUUUGAACUGAUAAAUGGUGCUAACGUUUUAUACAAUUUGUUUAAAAAAAAAAAAGAAGGUAUUCCUAUUUUGGUGUGGAUUAGGUGCUGGAUGGUAAAAAGAAUCAGUUUUUUUGUGUGUCUGGUGCUCUUGAAUUUUGUACAAGCUCAUUUUUCCAGCCUUUCUGGAAAAAAAAGUAGAAGAAGAGGAAAAAAAACAAGCCCAUAUGUUCUUUUGUUAGUAAAACAGAAAUAUCACGACUGCACCACCCCCUCCCAUGCUCCAAUGAAAAACAGUUUCUGGCAAAGCUCUAACACAGCUUCACCUGCCUCUUUCAGACCCUGUUGGGCCAAAGUACAAAAACAGCUACCUGUUAAGACUGUAGGCUCAAGAUGGCUGCUUUUUUUCCCCCUUCUUUUUAAAAUUGCAUCUGAAAGUAGAGAAAUCUCACACCUGCAGUGCAUUUGAGAGCGUAAGCGAUUCAGGUCUGCAUUGAGUCAUCAGUGCUACUCUUGACAGACAGGCUAUAAGAAGAUUAUGUGAGUGCUCCUUGCAUGCCCGGCACUCUGAAGGCACAGUUCAGAGACCCAGACAGUGCCAAGAUGUCUCUUUAUCUCUUUUAGUGCUGGUGUGUGGUCUUUUGUUUAGACACUUUCCUAAAUGGUGAUCAUACUGGAUCUGUUAAAUCAUAAUCUUACUCCGAUAUUCGAUUCAAACUAUUAUGAAAUGUUUUGUUUUUGGUUCAAAGCUUAGCAAGGUUUUGAUUUAUUUAUUUUUUUUUAUUCUAUUGAUAUUUCUCAUACCUCUGAAUGUUCUAAUUAAGCUGAUCAUGAAUCCCUCAACCUGUGUGCGUUUUAAAACUAUUGAACAGAGAACCUGAUGGGGAAAGAUGGGUAUAAUUCUGCAUAUAGAGGCGUUGUAAAGCCCUUCACCAGCAAGCCUCUCUGCUAAGACUGCAUCCUGAACAUAUUGCCAUGGUUACACUGAUUGAAAGGUGCUAACGAUUGGUCAGUGAUUUGCGGGUUGCCAGGUGUUGCAGUUGCAUGCAUGGUUACACCCACUGGUCUUAACAACAUACCGAGGUUUAAACCUUAGAAACCUGGCGUUUUUUCAAAACCUGUUCUAUUCUUUCUAAUUGCAUUAAUGACAAAUAAUUUUCAGGACCAACCUUGACAGUGGCACCUUCCUAUGAGCCAUAAAUACUGUCCAAACUUUUUUUUUUAUUGUAUUUAUUUCAACUGUAAAAAAUUGACUCUUUGCAGUAGCCUGUUUUUAAAUACAUAAUGAGAUCUGGUGUCCUUUUGUGCGUUCAAUUAUUAUUAUUAUUAUUUUUUUCUUCUUUUCUUUUGAACACAUACAGGGCUUAUAAAUGAACAUGUCACAUUAAACAAUCCUUUCUGUCUUUCUGCAUGUAGUCUUACACCUAUAAUUCCAUUGAAAUGAUGUGUGUGUUAUUGCUCUUUGGCUACAACACUCCUGUUGUAAUCUGAUCAGGUUCGACUGCGAGAGUGUCUCAUCAUUGCUCGGAUGCUCUGUUGUAUUUUUGAAGAGGAAAAAUGUGCAAUAUACAUCUCUCAGAUGGUUCCUGGUUUCAGCUCUAGAAACUCCAUUUUCUGUUUCCGUCAGGUGCUCAGGUCACUAAACAAUUCCUUUCAGUCCUCAUCUCACACACAUUUUACGGGUGCCUGUGAGGCUUAGAUCACACUAAAGUUUUCAUUCUCAUCAACUUCGCUUAUUUUUUCGGGGUUAAACUUUUGGCACUUAAUGUGGUGCCAUGUUGUAUUUUUGGUUUGUUUCUCUUUCUGUGUGUGUCUCCAUUAACUGUAUUAUGAUUAUUUAUUGCACAUGUAAUAAGGAUGGUUUCCGUGGCUACACUUAAAGGAGUCGGAGUUUAAAACUAGGCUGGAGUUUCUUACAAUUUUAUGGAUGCUUUUGUUGAAAAAUUUAAAAGUGUGUAUUUCAUGAAUAAAUGCCUUA